GAGAGAGAGAGAGAGAGCAAAAUGCAGCUGUCACCAGCCCAUUCCCAUCCCGUAUUCGUUUCUUCCCCCUUUUUAAACCCUUCUGCUCUCACUCUGCCCCUCACGCUCGAACACCGGGACCAGGACCUGAAGCCCGAAAAUGGCGGCCUCACUUACCUUCCUUCUUCCUCAUCUGUUCCUCCUCCUGUGUCUCCAACUCCAAAGCAGCAUCAGCAUAGCUGCUCCUGCAACACAAACCCUUAACCUCAGGCCAGAAUACUACAAUCCACAGCUCCCAGCCCAUGCGCUCUCCUCCUCCAACAAGUACGAGGGCUCUUCCGACCUCGUCAACCUCCGCUACCACAUGGGUCCUGUCCUCUCCUCUCCGAUCAACAUCUACCUCAUCUGGUACGGCAAAUGGGCUCCAUCUCAGAAGCUCCUCAUCAAGGACUUCCUCCUCUCCAUCUCCGCCAACCAUCGGGCCGCCCCUUCGCCGUCCGUCUCCGGCUGGUGGAGCACCGUAUCUCUCUACACGGACCAGACGGGUGCCAACAUCUCCCGAUCGGUCCUCGUCGCCAGAGAGUACGUCGAUCACCUUUACUCUCACGGGACUCACCUCACCCGUCUCUCCAUCCAACAGGUCAUCGCCAAUGCGGUUAAAUCCGCACCCUUCCCCGUCGAUCACAAGAACGGAAUCUACCUGAUACUGACGUCCAGCGACGUCAGCGUUCAGGAUUUCUGCCGGGCGGUGUGUGGGUUUCACUACUUCACGUUCCCGUCCAUGGUGGGGUACACGCUGCCCUACGCUUGGGUGGGGAAUUCGGGUAAGCAGUGCCCGGAAGUGUGUGCGUAUCCAUUCGCCAUUCCGGGUUACAUGGCGGGAGGUGGGCCGGGGUCGUUGAGGCCGCCGAACGGGGAUGUAGGGGUGGACGGCAUGAUCAGCGUGAUCGGUCAUGAAUUGGCGGAGUUGGCGUCAAAUCCAUUGGUGAAUGCAUGGUAUGCCGGGGAGGAUCCGACGGCCCCGACGGAGAUUGGAGACUUGUGCGAGGGUUUGUACGGGACGGGAGGAGGGGGUGGGUACAUAGGGCAGGUGAUGAAGGACAGAGAAGGGAGGACGUUUAAUCUGAACGGGAGGAGGGGGAGGAGAUUUCUGGUGCAGUGGAUAUGGAGCCCCGUGUUGAAAGCCUGUGCAGGUCCGAAUGCUUUGGACUGAGUGAGGGCUGAAAGUGAUUAGUUUAGAUGUAUAUGUUGUAUUGUUGUAUUGUUCAUCGCUGAACACUCGUGAGUCGUGAGUCGUUAGUCGUCACCACAGACCACAGUACAUGAGCGGUCGACCGAAGCAACCUUAUGGCACUCUCUCUCUUCGUCCCUUUGCUCCAGGGAUUUAUUCUUACUUUUUUCUUUUGUAUUUACAUUUAUAUAAUAUACUUCUUAUAAGUUAAGAUACUGAACUGGUAGGGGAAGAAGGAAUCUCUGUGUUUUGUUGUUCUUUUUUUAAUUAUUAUUUUUUUUCUAGAAGACUACCGGAGAAAUCUAAAAUUACAGCCCAAUCUCCAUAAUCUUGGGGUUAAGAAUUUUUGAGGUGAGCUGAAUAGUUAUUCUUCCUUACUUAAAAAAUAAAUGUGUAAAGAGGAUGAAGAUAUAUAUGUACGGUAGCAUUUUUAUUUUGAUUAA